AUGAUUAAAUGCAAUGGAUGCAAGGCGGAAUACCAUUAUAGAUGUGUGAAUAUUACCUCAGCUGCGUUUAGGGAAGAACGAGAACAUUUGAAACGUACUUUCAAGUGUGAUUUUUGCUUAAACAUAACCCAGCGUAUACGGGUAACCGACGACACAUCAGUACGUGGUGUUCGAACCGCUUGCCUCGUUGAACAUAACCAAUCUUUUGAGGGAAAUGUUUCUCAGGCGAUAGCAGAGUCGUUAACAUCGGACGAGAUAAUAGAUAAAGUUGAGAGAGUAAUCAUGGCAAACAUUUGUGCUUUUGAAAUCAACAUUAUACAAGAAAUUAAAAACACUGUGGCAGUACUUGCGCUAGAAAAUAGUAAAUUAAGGCAGGACUUGAAGGAUGCUAAUAUGAAAUGUAGUUUUUAUGAACAACAAAUUAAAUGUUUAAAAGCUAAGAGGCAAGUGUUGAGAUAA